CUGCCGCGAAACCGCAGAUCCGCGGCGCUGUGUCUCACCGCAAGGGUCCCGCGGGGCUCCCAGGCCUUGCUGCGCACGGUCUCACUUGGGCAGGACUUUCCUAACGUCAUCUUCCAGGGAGGAGUAUGUUUCGUCGGGGAGGAGCCACCUUUUGGUCUUUGGCCAAGGGCACAGUGGGGAAUAGGAAAGGAAACCGAAUAAUUCUCUCUGGCACGGAGUAAGGCAGCAACGCGGGUCCCAGGCGGAGCUCUGCUUCAACAAUCAGACCUUGUCAGCUAAAACGCAGACGGCACAAAAGUGUGUACUUCGGGACUUUCCAGCCAAAACAUGAAGAGGAGCUGCCCCAGUUUCUGACGCGAACCGAAAGUAGUUAACCUUUGAAUGCAAGCAGGUCUGGCCCAGCCAGAGGGGGGACCUGCAAGGAAUAGGUGGAGAGAUGAAACUAAGAAGAUCCCAGACCGCAGGGGUCUGUACCCUUCCUAAAAUAAACGUGAGUUCCCAAAAUAAUGUGCUCCUCUGGGAACUUGGAGUGGAGUAUGAAAAAUUUGGAAAUUUUCAUGCUCCGUCACAAGGAAUAGAGAUACAGAUAGGACAGCCAGUGCCAGGAGUAGAUCCACACAUGUGCCCUGGUGGAUACCAGCCUGGGUACACACCGUAUCCGGGCAGCUGUUCUUCAGCCAAUGACUCUAUGUGGACUUUCUUCACUGAUGUUGCUGGACAGUGUUUGGACAAUAAUCUGAAGAACAGCAACAAAGUACGGAGGGACUUCAAAAAUUUGCUAAAGGAUGGUGAAGUGGAUGCUGAAGAACUGCAAAAGUGUUUGACAGAGUCUGGAAUUAGUGGAUCUUAUUCUCCCUUCAGCUUGGAGACUUGCAGAAUUAUGAUUGCCAUGUUGGAUAGAGAUAAUACAGGAAAAAUGGGAUUUAAUGAAUUCAAGGAGCUUUGGGCAGCUAUUAAUGCCUGGAAGCAGAACUUCUUGAACACUGAUCAGGACCGAAGCGGUUCAGUAGAGCAUCAUGAAUUCAGUCAAGCCAUUGCUAUUAUGGGUUAUAGAUUGAGUCCUCAAACUUUAAAUGCCAUUGUUCAACGUUAUAGCAAGAAUGGCAGAAUCUUCUUUGAUGAUUAUGUUGCCUGCUGUGUGAAGCUUCGAGCAUUGACAGAUUUCUUUAGGAGAAGAGAUCACUUGCAACAAGGGAGUGUGAAUUUUAUGUAUGAAGAUUUUUUACAGGGCACCAUGAAAAUAUGAAUGCCCAGGAUUUGAAAGGCAAAGAAAUACUGUGAAUCCUUUUGCUUGGAAGAAAUGAAGUGGAUUGCUUUAAAGUAAAACUUUUGGCACUUUAUCAUGUUCUUGGCUAUUAAAUCUCUUCUCUUUCUAUGUGCUUCUUUUUAAUGCACAAUUCAAAGCAGUACAUGUUAUGGUUUAUUUGGGUUAUUACUACUUUUGAAAAAAUUACAACUAUAGAUAUCUGACUACUGCUGUAAAAUAUUGAUAUAUAAUUAAAUUAGGUCAAUACUUCUUAGAUUUAAUUUUUAACAAUAAUAGCCUAGAUUAAGAGGAAUGUACUAACAUGAUAGAUUGUAUAAGAAACCAAAAGAUAAAAGCAUAGGUAAAACUUACUUACACUUAUCUCAAAAUCGCAUAUUAUAGUUUUGAAUUUUGUUUGUGCUGUGGAUAUUUGAAGGUCCCCUGGAAAGGAAAGUGUGGAUUUUGUGCCAUCUCUGUAAAACAUGUUAUAAAUAAGCAAAUUUUAGUUCUUGAAUUUGAAUUUAUAAUGAAAUAAGAGUACAGGAGUUACUUGUUUUCCUUUUCUAUUUUUUGCAACGCAUAUUCUUCUUCAAUAUAUAUGAUUGUCUUUUGUGAAAAAAAAAGUUUUUAAACAUAGCUUUUUCUCUGUACUAUAUUUUAUUAGUGAAGAUAUAGAUAUCCUGAAAUGGCAUCUUUCUCUAAAUAUAGAUUUUUCAGGAAACAAUACAUAUUUUUAAUUAAUUGUCAACAUUUAUGUGUUCUGUUAAACCAAGUUUAUAUAACAUUUUAAAGAAUCAAGUAAUCUAUCAUUCUGUUGAAAUGUUCAGAAACAAUAAAUUUGGCUUAUUUAACAUUUG